CAUUAUUGGUAUUGCUUGAUGCAUAUACAGAUGCAGAACAAAAUAAUGAUCCAGAUUUUAUGGUUAUUGAUCUUAAAAAAAGAAAUUUUGCCCAUGGCUCAGAUAUAGAAAAUUUUAUGGUAUUAAAAAAAGCUUACAUAGAUAAAAAAUAUUCUAAACUAAGCAAGCGUCAAUCUCCAUCUUCGACUAUAAUGUUAACCGAUGAAA